CAGAAAAAGUUACAAAUCGCGGUCUCUGUGCCGUAGCUCAAUGUGAAUCAUUACGUUACAAAUUGGUUGGUGGUUUAGCUGUUCGUCGCGCUUGCUAUGGUGUGUUGCGUUUUAUCAUGGAAUCCAACGCGCAAGGGUGUGAAGUAAUUGUAUCGGGGAAAUUGCGCGGUCAGCGAGCUAAGUCAAUGAAAUUUGUUGAUGGAUUAAUGAUCCAUUCCGGUCAACCGGUAAACGAAUACAUCCAGCAAGCAGUUCGUCAUGUUCAACUUCGUCAAGGUGUUUUGGGCAUCAAAGUGAAAAUAAUGCUUCCGCACGAUCCUAAAGGAAAUAUGGGACCACGUAUUGCUUUGCCUGACCAGAUUCAUAUCCAAGAACCGAAUGAAGCACCGAAUCCAUUGCACCCAGAGUCGGAACAUAAACAGGAAAAGAAGGACUUAUUGCAAUCGAUGUCGGGUCAAAUGCCGCAAAUACCUCCUUAUUAA